AUGGAGCACUUGCUACUAGACCAGUCAGACGUUGAGAAUCGAGAGAAUUCUGGUUCUCUACGAAGUGUAAAACUCAGUAACACAAUCAUCAUGGAACAGCAAAAUAUGUCUACGAAGUGUAGCGAUUUGAAUGAGGUUGAUCAUGGUCAGGCCAAGCCAGUGGAAGAGGAUCGACGAGCUCGGCAUCGAGCAGUGCAGCGUCGCUAUAUCAAGCGCAGGAAGGCCGAGGUGAAGCGCAUCAAAGAGCUGGUACAAACAUUAGAGAACAGAUAUUGUUGUCUUGAAAUUGCAGCAGAAGAGAGGGAUCUCAAGCUCGAGAACGGCGAGUUGCGAGCUCGCAUUGACGCUGUAGCGGCUUCUGUGCCCAGAGUGCCUCAUGUUGAUUUGAUCCAGCUAUUGAUGCAGAAUCAAUUGGAGCUUGUGAAGGAAUUUUAUGAACCACUCACUUCCCAAGAACUAGUGAGUAUCCAGCAAAAGACACAAGUGGAAUACGAGAUGUCACGGCGAGAUAACAAGUGUCAGACUUCGGGUGCCUCGAUCAUGGGAUGGACCGAUUUCCGAAAAAUGGACGAAUCAUCCGUCAAAUUCAUGUUGUCCAAGGAAUUCCCAAAUGUGCAAGCAUUACAUCUGAUGAGCGUUACGUGGGACACGUUGUCUUUGCCUGCGACCUACGCGACAUUCUUCAGUCCUGCAUUCCCGAUCAAGACUCAAGUCCUACAGACAUUUGGCCGCGACGCAGUCGUGAUUCAUCGUGUGUUAUUCAAUCCGCAUACUCAGAGCUCGUCCAAUUCCUUAGAACUGCUAUGGCGUGUCCGACUUGGCGAAGAAUACGUCAUUUUCGACUCGGCGCUCCAGCAUAAUGCAGUUCAGCAAUGCCUUGGUGCGUCCUACAAAUGGACGCAGAUGACAACCUCAUUAGGUUUUGCUCCAUUGGAUGUCAAUCGAGUCAAUGGCUGCGUCCUGCGGCAUGGUGGUUGGAUUCGUGCUUCGGUCCAAAACGUCGACUUCUGGUUCAAGGAAAUGUUUUUCAUGGCGCUGCGAUUUGAGAGCACAAUGGUGGCGUCAGUGUUUCCGCUUUCAUACGAAGAUUCAUCCAAAUCUCUUUCAAUACUCAAGGCAUAA